CUCCCGGCGUGUACAACGUUGACCUCCAGCGUUGCGGGCUGAGACGCCACAGCGAAAGGUACCGGGCAGGACCGGUCCUUGCGGCCAGGUGCUGAUGCUGAACUCUGGCAGGAGGAGGUUGCUCACGGCUCUGCUGCAGGCUCAAAAGCAGCUCUGUGAACCCCGCAGAGACAUGAGACUAGUGCAGUUCCAGGCACCACACCUGGCAGGGCCUCACCUGGGCCUGGAGUCGGGGAGUGGUGGUGGCAUCAUCGACCUCAAUGCCUUUGACCCCACACUUCCCACAACGAUGACACAAUUCCUGGAGCAGGGAGAGGCCAGCCUCUCAGUGGCAAGAAGGGCUCUGGCUGCCCAGCUGCCACUCCUCCCAAGGUCAGGAGUGACCUUCCUGGCCCCAGUCACACGGCCAGACAAGGUGGUGUGUGUGGGCUUAAAUUACGUGGACCACUGCAAAGAACAGAACGUGCCUGUGCCCAAGGAGCCCAUCAUCUUCAGCAAGUUUGCCAGCUCCAUCGUGGGGCCCUAUGAUGAGAUCCUGCUGCCCCCCGAGAGUCAGGAGGUGGACUGGGAAGUAGAGCUGGCCGUGGUCAUUGGGAAGAAAGGCAAGCACAUCCAGGCCACAGACGCCAUGGCUCACGUGGCAGGCUUCACCGUGGCUCAUGACGUGAGUGCUCGGGACUGGCAAGUAAGACGCAAUGGGAAGCAGUGGCUGUUGGGAAAAACCUUUGACACCUUCUGCCCCCUGGGCCCUGCUUUGGUUACCAAGGACAGUGUAGCAGAUCCGCACAACCUGAAGAUCUGCUGCCGAGUGAACGGCGAGGUGGUGCAGAGCAGCAACACCAACCAGAUGGUGUUCAAGACAGAGCAGCUCAUAGCCUGGGUCUCCCAGUUUGUCACUCUUUAUCCAGGGGAUGUCUUCCUGACGGGGACGCCCCCGGGUGUUGGGAUGUUCAGGAAGCCACCCGUCUUUCUCAAGAAGGGGGAUGAGGUCCAGUGUGAGAUUGAAGAACUUGGGGUCAUCAUCAACAACGUGGUGUAAUGGCUCCCUCCUGAGCCCAGACCCAGACCAGACAGCACAGCCACCUGCUGCCAGCGGGCCCAGCGCCAGCCUGUGCCAACCUUGGGGCUGUUCCUCAGAUGCGGGGAGGAAGGUAGAAGCCUCCACAAUAAACUUAGCAAGGAAAAGCAA